AUGUCUUCCAGAAUCCCGCCUCUACUGGAGCCGUACGUGGAACUCCCACCGGAAGCUUCUCUGGUGCUCCUGACGAGCGUCUUGGGCGCCAGCUCGAACUGGCUUGUCCUGCGCUUUCUUUAUAGCGCUAUGAUUGGUUCAGAGGUAUCUUCGGAGGUGGAUUCUGAGGAUGAGCCCAAGGUUUUGUUGGUGAGCUUUAUGAGAGACUUGACAUUCUGGAAGGAGAAUGCAAGGAGACUGGGUUUGGAUCUUGACAAGCUUGCUCUUAAGAAGAGGUUUGCUUUCUUAGAUGGGAUAGGUGGUCUCUUCCUGCCCCGGCAGUCUAGCGCUCUAGCUAGAAGAGGCGGAGAAAGGGUCAUCACAAAACCGGGGCUUGAAACUAUCACCAGAGACAUCCAAGAGAGCAUUGAAGCAUUGCAGGGCCCGCAAGGGACAGGCAAAGUAUUGCUUGUAAUCGAUCAAUUAGAUCUUUUGUUAGCAGCUGGAGGCGAGGAGCUUGGCACUGUACAAGUAGAAGAAAUGCUGAUGGAUCUCCGCGAGAAUGUACAUGCAACUAUCAUGACGCUCUCAGCCGACCAACCGCUGGUGUCUAGUCAACAAACACCCCUAGAAGCAAACCACUCGGCUAUUUUGCUAAGUACGGCUCACCAAGCAGAUGUCAUCAUGAAUCUGAGGCUUUUGGAUACAGGAACCGCGAGGGAUGUUAGUGGGGUACUAAGAGUCACUGCAGGUGAUAGAGUUGAAGAAGACCUAGAUAUUCAGGAAAGAAAAGAGGACAGAGAGCUGCUGUACCUCGUGGGCGGAGAUGGUGGAGUGAAGAUUUUCGAGAGAGGCCAAUAA